AUGGUGCACUACGUGGACGUGCACCUGCCGUGGUCGCACUCCCUCUGCGCCUGCUGCCUCCCCCGCAUGCUCCGCCCCGCCCCGCCCGUCGCCUUCCACGUCUCCUCGCUCGCAUCACUGCGCAAGAACCUAGUACAGCCCUUGCCGCCCUCCUUUCCGCCCUUCCGCUUCGGCCACAAGCCCCCGCGCUUCAUCACCGCCUACUCCGCCACCGUCCCGCUCUCCGCGUCUCCUCUCCGCCCUCCAAGCACUGCUACUGCUGGCGCUGCUGCUGCCAGUGCUGCUGCCGAAGAGAGCGCAGCAGCGCCGUCGUUGGCGCAGCAGUAUCGGUGGAAGGUGGACGCGGCACCUGUGGUUGCAGCAGAGGGGAUGAUGCUGGAAUGGCUGGCAGAGCCACGUGUCGGCCUGCUACUGGACCUCCAGGCGACACGGCGCCAGCUGGCGAAACGUCUGGGGAUGGAUGAGCUCGCUGCUGCACGUGCUACAGCCAGCACCAGGCGUGCUGACCGCCGUGCUACAGCCGGUCGUCAAGCGCUGUGGUGGUGCUGCUGGCAGUGCUCCUCUUGCUUCUCCUCCUACCGCCGUGCCGUAUCCGUUGCUGCUUUAUUCGUGCUUGUUGCCAAGUUCCCCCGAUUUGUCACUCUCUGGCGCGCCAAUGUGCGCUCUCCCAACUCUACUCUCGUGAGUCUGGCGUUUCAGUUUGAUGCGGGGCGGGAGGCUGGGGGCGACUGCUUGGCGUCGCUGCUGCUGCAGGUGCUGGGAGUGAAGGGGAAGCAGCAGCUGGAGACCGGCUUUGCUGCCCACCUGCUGCCGCUGCUGCCGGGGGGGAGGGACGCGCAUGGGGAGGGGGGAGGGGGAGGAGUGAGUUGGGGGACGGAGUGGGGAAACGGGGAGGAGUGGAGGGAGGGGUUGGGAUGGGUGGAGUGGGAGGAGUAUGUGGAACGCGUGGGGGAGAUUGCCGCCCAGGGAGGGCUGGCAAGCGAGCAGUACCGCUGCUGCUGCUCGCAGUGCUGCCAGGGCGAGGGAGCGAGUGAGAAGAAUAUUCGGGGCAAGAAGAAGAAAGGCUGUCGAAACAACAGCAACAACCCUAGCAGUGACACUGGCAGUAUCGCUGGCAGUUGCAAUGGCAGUGGCAGUGGCAGUGGCAGUGGCAGUGGCAGUGGCAGUGGCAUGGUGAUAUCUGGAGUGGACCCCACCGAGUUCGCUCUCAAGUGCGCAUUCAACUUCGCUGAACCGUGGUUUGCGAGCUGUGGUGCUAGUAUGUUUAACGAGUCUGCUAAUAACAGGUACAAGGAGAGGGCGGAAGAUACUGCAGUGGAGGAGGCAUGGAGCCGGCUGGCUGUGGGAGUGGGAAAAGAGGAGAGCAGUGGUGGGAGUCGCGGAGAGGGGAGCGGAAAGAAGGGUGGGGCGAGAGGGGGUAGGAGUGGAAAAGAGAAUGUGGAGCAAGGAAAGGUUUCUGAGGGGGACAGGGAGGAGCUAGAACCAUAUGAGAAGGAUCCCUGGGGGGAUAUGGGGUUCAACACCUUUAACACGGGGGAUUUCCGGGAUGGUACACCUGACCCGGAAGAGCACAUGAAGGAGGCCAACGAGAGGUACAUAGUAAUGCCCCCUCCUGACGUCACCCCUCUCUGGGAAAGCCCCAGCCCUCCCUACUACACCACCCUCGCUGCCCGCGUGGAGGAGUUUCUGAGAAGGUUCGCACCGAAGAGGCUGGCAGUGGAGGGGAGCAAUGGCCGUCUUGCGAGCGGCAUCGCCACAUGGGUGGGGCGCUUAGGCCUGGGGAAGCGCAGCUGGGCGGCACUGGCCUUAGGGCCGCUCUCAGAUGCGAAGCUGCACAUGCUGCUGCGCUCACAGGCAGACCUGGACGCGUUUUUGGAAAUGCUGGCUGAAGAACUCUCUCCCGUGCCCGCCUGCUGUCGCUGCAUGUGCUGCGCUGCUCUGUACUACGAGGCUGUUAUCAAGGUGUCCCUCGCUGCAACCUUCGCCUUCCGCCCCUCCGUCAUGCUGCUGCGCUGCAUCCUCUCGCUCUUCCCACCCUCCUCGCCAGAGCUCAAGGGCCUCCUGGCUGCUGUGGGCGUGGCGCCCAUCCCUGCAGCGGUCCCGGACUCGCUGGUGGUGGCGCUGCUGGAAGGCGUGAUGGAGCAGAAGCGCGUGCGCUUCCUGUUCCAUGCCAUCCAGCUGCUUUACCAGAACCAGUCGUAUGCCAAGCUCCUGGAGCCUAUCGAGGAAGGGUCCGGGGUGAACAUUUACGAGCCUCGGGGCAGGCAGGGGAAGCAGAGGGAGGAAGGGGAGGAGUGGUGGAUCUGGGAGGAGGUGGACAGCUGGCGGAUUGCAGCGGAGAGGGCUUGGCCGGUGCUGGGGCUCCGUAGUGUGGCAGUGCUGGAGCUAGAUACUGGUGGGGCGGCUGAACGGCAGGUGAAGGUUUGUGAGCGCAUGCGGCGUGUGAUGGCGGAAGAGGAGGUGAAGAAGCGGAGGCAAGCUCAGGCUGGCGGUGCUGCUGGGGAGGGCGCGAGUGGGAGCAGCAGCGCUGGUAGCAGCAAGGGCAUUGGGAAAGGGAAGACUCCUGUCGGCCUCAAUCGCAGCACGUAUGGCGCCAAUAAUGUCAACAAUGCAAUUCCCGUUACCAGUUUCAACGAGUUCGACUUCAACGGAACAUUUGAGGAAGAUAAUUUUGGAGAGAUUAUGGAGGCAGAUCGGCAUCCCCGCGAGCUGAUGGCGAUCCCGCUAGGACACAGCCGCAACGCGACUGCGGACGCCAAGAAGCUGCAGAUUGCCGACGCGCUUCGCUACCCCGUCUGUCCACGCGUCCGAGGUCGUGUGCGGGUGAACGUGGGAAUGAACACGGUGGGAACGGUGUGGAAGGGGUGGGGCACGUCGCUUGCAUGGGCCGGGCGGUACAUCGGCGGGCUGCCGGUGCGGCGGCGCGAGUACCUGCUGGACCUGCUCUUCCACGCGCGCAAGGGGCUGGGGCUCACCAUUGCGCGCUACAGCAUCCCCGGGGGCUACGACCGCCGCUACAGCCCGCGCCUGGCUCAGCGGGACUUGUUCCGCGGGUACAGCAGCGCGCGCGGGCGCUACAACUGGACGGGCGACUGGCGGCAGGUGGAGGCGCUCCGCGGCGCGAAGCAGCGAGGUGUGCAGGUAUUCGACGCCGUGUGCGACUCGCCGCCCUGGUGGAUGACUAAGUCUAACGACACGGCGGGGAACGCGGAGGGGCAGCCGAAUAUCAAUCCCGAUUACUACGACAGUUACGCGGAGUAUGUCGCGCGCGUCAUCUGGCAUCUGCAGAACGAUAUGAAGAUUAAUUUUUACAGCGUGUCGCCUUUUAACGAGCCGCUGGAGCCGUGGUGGGUGAAAGGCGGCGUGCGCGAGGGGUGCGCGAUGAGCGAGAGCGACAUCGCGCAGGUGUUGGGGAAGCUUCGCCCGCGAUUGGAGCAAUACGGCCUGGGCGACGUUCUCGUCGCAGGCGUCGACAGCUGGCCGUCGCAGACCUUCCGUGCGAUGUCGCGCGUGUUCGCGCAGAACGGCGACAAGCAAGCCGUUGUGGCAGACGGAGUGGGGCCCGGUAAACGUGCGAGGAUCGGAGAUGCAAAUCGCGUGUUUAAUGGCGCGAACAAUCAUCCAGCACGUAAAUUUGAUGGGCGUCGAGGCGUGGUAUCACUGGCUCGCGCUGCAGCAGCCGAAUCCCUCGGGCUGGGGUCUCAUCUGGCAGGACUUUUCGUACAGCGAAACGUUUCGCCCGGUGGUUACCAAACAGUUUUGGACGAUGUUACACUUCACAAGAUGGAUGCCUCCAGGCAGCUUGCCGCUUCUCGUUCGAGAGGAGUGCCAGCAUACAGUGCUUGCGGUGUACUCUCCCGUUAUGCACACACUGGCUGUCACUGUAGUGAAUCAGCAAAAACGGGCGCGAAACCUGGCCGUUAG